CGGAAGUUUAGGUUAAACCAGCCGACGAGAGUGUAUUUUGUAAAAUUUAGAUUUUAACGAAGCAUUAGAUAAUGUCUGCUCUUGAACUGGAUCCAGUUUUUGUGAAAGCUUUAAAGCUACUGCGAUCAAAUCAUCGAGAUUCUGCAGCACAACUGAAAGCUAUGCUCGACGAUGCACUGACUCAAAAAAAAUCAGGAAAGUCAACUGAGCCAUCAGCGAAACCGGGAAAGUCUGAAGAAGAUGUGGCAAAAAAACGAGAAUCUGAAAAGAAACAUUUGGAAAAGUUAAAACAGGAUAUUAGUUCUUUAAGUGAACCGACAGAAACUAAAAAAUCUCGACACGACUCACCAUCACGACAGGAGAAGGACGAAAGGAGCAAGGAAAAGGAAAGAGAAAAAGAAAAAUUGAAGAAGGAAAAGGAACAGAAGGAGAAGGAAAAACGAGACAAAGAAAAGAGAGAGAAAGAAAAAGUUAAACAGGCGGCCGAAAAGGCUGAACGUGAGAAAGAGAAGAAAGAAAAAGAGGCUGAGUUGGACACGAAGAAGGAAGAAUAUGAUGCUGAAACCGAUGAAGAAAAUAAAGGAGGGAUGGAUGCAGAUGAUUUCGCUUUUGAUCUGGGAAUCUCUUGUGUUGUUUGCAGACAAUUUGAUGUUUCAUCUAAAAAUCAGCUGGUAGAAUGUCAAGAAUGUCAUAAUUUAUAUCACCAGGAAUGUCAUCGUCCACCAGUUGUAGAUCAAGAUGUCAAUGAUCCACGAUUUGUCUGGUAUUGUUACAGGUGUGCUAAAACACUCAAGAAAAUGGUUGUGAAGCCAAAAGCUAAAUCAACGACACCAACACCACCAGUUAAAGAAACGCCAGUUCCUCAUAAACCAGCAAAGCCUGAAACACCUGCUGUAGCAUUUAGACGAAUGGAACCAAAGACUUCAACAAGUAAAGAUUCUACCAAAAGUGAGAGUUCGAAACCACUGAGUGGUUUGGCUAGUUUGGCUGCAAAUCUCUCAAAAUCAUCCGAAAGCACGAAAAGUUCUUCUUCCAAAUCUUCAGAGCCUUUUAAGGCAUUUGCUGCUUUGAAGACGGACCUGACUAAAAAUAUUGCAAAGUCAGACAGCAGUUCAAAAACUACAUCAAGUUCGUCAAAGUCAAGUAAACCAUCUUCAAAAUCCAGCGAUAAAUCAUCAUCUUCUAGUUCAGCAGAAAAAUCAUCAUCGUCGUCAUCAUCGAGUUCUGGAGAUAAACCAAUGAGUUCCAGCUCUUCCAGUAAAUCGGCGUCAUCCACCCCCUCAGCGACUAGUUCUAUUAAUGCUCUAGUGGCCGAUAAACGUCUUCAACAAAUGAAGAAAAAAGCAGCCAAUAAACAACAAGAACAAAAAGUACACGUUCGUUAAUAUAAUAUUCUACGAUGUAGUGUUAACAGGAAGUACACUUUGGGUGAUAUUCUGCGAUGUAGUGUAAACAGGAAGAACAUAUUUCGUGAUAUUCUACGAUGUAGUGUAAACAGGAAGAAGGCCUACAUUUUCGUGAUAUUCUACGAUGUAGUGUAAACAGGAAGUACAUUUUUGUGAUAUUCUACGAUGUAGUGCAAACAGGAAGUACAUGUUCAGUGAUAUUCUACGAUGUAGUGUAAACAGGAAGUACAUGUUCACUGAUAUUCCACGAUGUAGUGUAAACAGGAAGAAGGCCUACAUGUUCAGUGAUGUUCUACGAUGUAGUGUAAACUGGAAGUACAUGUUCAGUGAUAUUCUACGAUGCAGUGUAAACCGGAAGUAGGCCUACAUGUUCAGUGAUAUUCUACGAUGCAGUGUAAACAGGAAGUACAUUUUCAGUGAUAGAAUGAUUUGUGAGAAUUUCUAUUGGACAGAAAACUGGGGUACAUCAGGGUUGGAUGGCCGAAUGGCUAGCAUGUGCGCGCUGUCCUCCGGUUUCCUCCCACUGCUUAAGACCCCUACGCGCAAGCAAAUUAUUGAAAUAAAAUUGAACCAUGUUAUGUAUAUUAUAAGAACAAAAAAAAAGCCAAUGUUUAAUGCAAUUGUGAUGUCUUUGUAUGUGUUACUUGUACUUAAGAAGAAUUGUAAUGAUAUUAAAUUCAGAUAAUUUCUACAA